CCGAUGUCGCAAUCCAGAUUUCAAAAGAUGCCUUUGAGCAAGGUAAAAGGAGGUUCUUGAGGAUGUACUUGUGUUUUAAUGCUUUGAAGCUAGGUUGGAAAAGUGGCCUGAGACCACUUAUUGGUUUGGAUGGUACUUUCUUGAAGGGAAAAGUCCAAGGUUAGUUGUUGGUUGCCAUGGGACAAGAUUCUAUGAACCAAUUCUACCCAAUUGCAUGGGCAGUGGUAGACAAGGAAACCACCAGAACAUGGUCAUGGUUUGUGGAGCUUUUGAAGAGGUCUUUGGAUUUAAAAGAUGGGGCUGGAGUGACCUUUAUUUCUGAUAUGCAAAAGGGGUUAUUGGAUUCAGAGAAAUGUUCUUCCUCAAGCUCAUCAAAGAUAUUGUGCUAAACAUAUUGAAGCCAAUUGGUUAAAAAAAUGGAGGAGUGGGGAAAUGAGAAAGUUGAUGUGGUGGUGUGCUUGGAGCACAUAUGAUGAAGAGUUUAAAGAUCAACUCAAAAAGCUAGGCAAAUUGGAUGAAGUUGCUGCUAAGGACUUGGUAAGGAUUUCACCCGAGGCAUGGUGUAGAGCAUACUUUGAUACCAACUGUAAGAACUCAAUGGUUGACAACAACUUCACGUAAAUCCUUUAAUUCUUGGAUUCUACAAGCAAGGGUAUGCCAAUUAUCAAAAUGUUGGAGGAAAUAAGGGUCAAGGUAAUGGCCUUGCUAGGAGAUAAUGAAGACAAAGCUAGGAGUUGGAAAACUAAUUAUAGUCCACGGUGCAUGAAGUUGUACAAUGAUUAUAGGGCAAUAGCACAUGGUGCAUUGUUAACUUUAAUGGUGAUUAUGGCUAUGAGGUGUCGAGAGGGUGAUGAUAGACAUAUCGUCAACUUGGAGCAAAAUAGAUGCACUGCAGAUGUGGGACUUAUCCGGGAUACCACGCCCUCAUGCCAUUAAGGCAUUUUUGCAUAAGAAUGUUGAUCCAGUGACACAAAUUCACUGGUUUUACAGUAAAGAAGCCUAUCUGCUGACAUACAAGCAUAAAAUGCAGCCUGUUAGAGGAGUACAGUUCUGGAAAGUUGAACACCUCAUGCAAUGGAGCCACCUGGAAUAAUCAAAACAGUUGGAAGACCCAAAAAGAAGAGAGAUAGAACAGUAGAUGAAGCAAGUAAGAGGAAGGGUGAAUGGAGUCAUUCAAGGAAGGGAUCUAUAAUGACAUGUAGUAAAUGUGGAGAACAAAAUCACAAUGCAAGGGGUUGUCACAAGAAGGAAAAAGCUGGACAAAUUCCAAAGAAGGGGAAGGGCAAGGAAAAAAUUGGCCAGACCUCAAAUGGAACUCAACAAUCUGGCCAGAGCUCAAGAAGCAACUGUUAUGAACUUGAAUUUGGUACACAACAAUCUCAACAAUCGGGCUUUGAAACUCAAAUUGGUACUCAACUAUCAAUAGCAUAUGGACCUAAUAUUGGUGAUGACGAAGACCCGACAUUGAGGCCAAAAGUCAUAUCGGAAGCUGAUACAUUGCUGGCCAUGAGGAAGACAAGAAUGAGGCCACCAACUGGUGGUAGAAGGAUUCAAUUCACUGGAGAUCCAAGCGGAGUGUCAACUCCAACCAAUUUGCCUUAUUCACCGACAAAGACAACUUGGAGGGGAAAUGAAGCUGUUACAUGCACCCAGUUACAAGGUGAAGUCGGAAAAAGCGUAUCAAGAUGAAGGCAAGAAAGGGGCAAGAGAACCAGCCCCCGAUGACUGUGACAUUUGAAUGUUGUUUAUUUUGUGAUGCUUAAACAUAUCAAACAUCCUAGCAUUUAAAGGUUAAAGUGGUUAACAGUUGGCUUUUGUUAUUCUAAUUAGUUUAACCUUUAAAGUUAGCAUUCAAAUGUUAAGUA